UCAUCUCUUCGCGUGCGCUCACUGCUCUCUUUCGCGUUGACUUUUGCUGUGCUCUCACCACUUGGAAAAGAACGCUGAAGCUUUGGACUAUAGUGCACUUCUUCACCAUAUUCUGCUUCAGUUUUCAGUUUUUCUUUUCCUUUCUCUUUUUUGAACUCUCAUCCUGAGCUGUUGGUGGUUUUCUCCAUCUCCGUCCUGUGAAUAAGCAGAAUGUUUAUGGUUUGUUUUUGCGAGGAGUGGUAACGUGAGACAUCUCCACAGGCAUGGAGUUAGUGGAGGAGUAAUUGACCAGCCACAGCAGGGGGAAGACCCCUUUUCACAAGGAAUGUCUUUAGAGGUCAUCAGGGGCAUCACUCCAAAAGCCAUGAGUUGGACCAGCCAAAGGUACAGGUAGAGCAAGAUGCUCAAGUGACUUGAAGCCACAGCAGCUCCAGCCCCGGCCCUGGCCCCCUUCUCUCCUUCAGCCGCCCAGCCCUCUCUCCUCCGCUACUGUGUGGGGACAAGAAGAUGACUGCCACCAGCCGGCAGUCCUUCAACAUCCUGACUGUCAUCUUCCUCCUGCUGUCCACAGCAGCUCUUUCAGCCCAUUUUCGGGUCUGCGAGCCAUACACUGACCACAAGGGGCGUUACCACUUUGGUUUCCACUGCCCGCGCCUCUCCGACAACAAGACCUACAUGUUCUGCUGUUACCAUAACAACACCGCCUUCAAGUAUUGCUGCAAUGAUACAGAGUUUCAGCACAUCAUGCAAGUCAACUUGACGGCAACCCCAGAUGGCUACACACACAACAAUUACACGGCCCUCAUUGGUGUGUGGAUCUACGGCUUCCUGAUCAUAGUGCUGCUGGCGCUGGACUUCCUCUACUACUCGGCCAUGAAUUACGAGCUGUGCCGUGUCUACCUGGAGAAGUGGGGGCUGGGAGGACACUGGCUGCAGCAGGCCCGGAGCCAGUGGAAGGAAGGAGGCAGCUCAGGCUCAGCCGAGCCCCAGACACAGACACAGGUCCAGACCCAGGGCCAAGUUCAGGGCCAGACGGAGAUCCAUCUCCAACUACAUCCCCAGUCGCAAUGUGCAGCCUCGGGUCACGGGCCUGGGGUCGUCGUCCAUGGCUCUGCGGGAGCCCCUUACUCCCUCCCCAGACACAGCAGCAGCCUCAGGGGAGACAGCAGCCCUCAGAGCCCCACGCUGCUUCCCCUGCACGCUGCAAACGCCUGAAUGAAGCCAUGGAGGACUGCCAUUCACUGCUCAGAGACACAUGGCAUUUUGGGAAAACUGAGGGCCGGGUUUUCGAGCCCUGGACUCCACUUUUGAGGAAGGCUUCCCCCAACUCUACUCCACCCCACACUACUCUACUCCACUCCACUCCACUCCACAAAACCUGAAGAGGAAGCAGCAGGGCCGAUGUGGACAUGAGGAAGGAGGACAGCUCUCGGGUGGAAGCUGAGGGCAGUGAAGCGCUCUCCCUGAAACGCCUUGCUCCCCCUCCCCCCCCCCCCCCCUGCCCUGCCACAGGCCCACUGAACUACUCUCCACGUGUCACCUCCCUGCGUGACAGCCACUGAUUCUGUGUCCACUCAGAGAUAGAGGUGGCCACAGGUCUGCGCCACAAAAGAUGACGACGACGGUGAUGAUGAUGUACUUGUACUGUUUGCACUGCUGUAUAACCCAUGAAGGGUCCAGAGUUUCUAGCUAUAUGUAGCUGCAUUCGGGGGGGAGUCAUGGGGUCUUUGUAUAUCUGUCAACUAGUCAGGGAACGGUAUGAGCAGCAAAUACCUAGGAUGUGUGUAUGUGCGCGUGAAGUUUGUUUUUGUUAUGUUUGGUUGUUUUUAUCAGCUGUUUGGUAGCCUUUUUGACAAAUGUAGUCAUUCUUGGGUAGGAUAAACCAUACUUUGUUGUGGUGUACCCACGUGUUUUGGGAAACUAAAACUUUUUGUUACUGAAAUAUGCUUAUUCUGACUUGCUGCAGUUUUGACAGGUGAGGAAUAGACAGUCAUACAGUUAACACAGUUACUAGACAAUGUUCAUGAAACACAAACAAGAACAAUACAUUUGACUACUGAACAUUUCUAUUGUGUAGUAUUUCUAACAGCCUCAAGAGGUUUGUAAUUGUAUUUCUUGUCAGACUGUCACCAAAGUGAGGAACAGAAGCACAUUCUAAAGACAAAAAAAACCACACUGCUGAGAGUCAUUUGUUUGCACAGACAGAAUAAGUCAGUUUGGCAGCUGGUGAUGGUUAACAGCUGAGCGUGUUUGUCACUUAUUGGUAUGAAAAUAAAUUAUUACAUCAUUCAGACCCUUUUGAUAUCGCUCAGUGAAUAAUGAAUCAUUGCCUCACAAAUAUUUAGUGGUCGUCUCCCUCCUUUUCUCAUUUGAAACUGAACAUUUGUUGUAAAUGUCUUGCCAUUCCAUCUGUUUAUGAUCUCAUAUCAGUCAUAUCUAUUCUGUCCAACAUUUAUGGGAAAC